CGGAGACUCAAUGGCUUCCAGAUUAGAAGAGGAUCUAUACUGUCCCAUCUGCCAUGAUGUCUUCACAGAUCCUGUUCUUCUGUCAUGUAGCCACAAUUUCUGUAAAGACUGUGUGAAGAGCUGGUGGAAAGACAAAGAAGUAAAAGAGUGUCCACUUUGUGAGAGAAGAUCUUCAAAGUUCGAACCACCUUGUAACCUGGUGUUAAAGAACCUGUGUGAGACCUUCUUAAAGGAGAGAGAUCAGGGCUCUUCACAUGCUCUCUGCAGUCAGCACUCAGAGAAACUCAGUUUCUUCUGUCUGGACCAUCAGCAGCCAGUGUGUGUCGUCUGCAGAGAUUCAGAAAAACACACCGACCACAGAAUCAGACCUAUCGAUGAAACUUCACAACAACACAAGAAGCAGCUUCAGGACAUUCUGGAGCCCUUGAAGGAGUUCGAACAAACAGCGGAACACAUUAAGGUCCAGGCCGGACUAACAGAGACAACGAUCAAGGAGCAGUUUAAAAAGCUUCAUCAGUUUCUGGAGGAGGAAGAGGAGGCCAGGAUAGCUGCACUAAGGGAGGAAGAGGAGCAGAAGAGUCAGAUGAUGAAGGAGAAGAUUGAGGCUCUGAGCAGAGACAUAACGGCUCUUUCAGACACAAUCAGAACCUCAGAGGACGAGCUGAGAGCUGAAGAUGUCUCGUUCAUACUCAACUACCAAGCUGCAAUGGAACGAGUCCAGCAGCGCCACCCGCUGGAUGAUCCACAGCUGGCCUCAGGAGCUCUGAUAGACGUUGCCAAACAUCUGGGCAACCUGAGCUUCAACAUCUUGAACAAGACGAAGGACAUGGUGUCCUACAGUCCUGUGGUUCUGGACCCAAACUCUGCUUAUCCAGACCUCGUCCUGUCUGAAGAUCUGACCAGUUUGAGAGAAGGAGAGGACCAGAAGCUUCGUGGCAAUCCAGAGAGUGCUCAGAGUGAAAUAACCCUGGAGGGCAGACUGGGGGCGCUGCAGUGCCACUUCACCUGGGAUCUGGAGCCCGGCAGGAAGAAACUUUUGAGAAUCAAGGACAUGCUGCAGGAUAUCCGCACAGAGGAAGGAUGCAAGUGGCUGGGACAUAUUUACAACCUGCAGGGGUACAUCCACUUCCAGCUGGGGUCCAUUGAAGAAGCUAGGAGUUUCUUCAGCAGAGCAGCGAGGGCCUUCAGGAAGAUGAGAGGAGCAGAGGAGGGUCCCUGGCUGGUGGUGACCUACGGGAACCGGGCCUGGCUGCACCACCAUCAGGGAGAACAAGCAGAGAGUCGGGCUUGUCUGUCAAAGGUCGACGGCCUGAUGACUGAGGAUCCAUCACAGGACGAGCUGCACCCAGAGAUCUGCGCUGAAAAAGCCUGGACUCUGAUGAAGUUCAGCAGAGAACAGAAGCUUCUGGCAGCUGAUUACUUCCAGAGAGCCAUCCGGAUGCAGCCGGAUAUGGUGGAGUGGCAGACCAGCCACGUGUUAGCAUUAGUUUACGUGUCCAAACAAAGCAAAACAGGGGUCGAGGCAGACAUCAUGGAGAAGCUGAGAAAAGCCAAGGAACAGGAUCCAGACAACCUGUACCUUGCUGCCGUUUACCUCCUGCAACUUGCUAAGAUAGGACAAACAGACCAAAGUGGAGCAUGUGAGUUAGCCACAAAGGUUCUGAGAAACCCUGUCAGCAGCUAUAGUGGAAUCAAACCUUUGCUGUGGUUUUACAGAAGCUUCACCUCCUUGGACGAGGCUGUGGCUUUGGCAGAAGAGGCUCUAAAGCUACAUCCGGAAGAACGUUAUCUGAAAAGAUGUGUCGCACUCAGCUACAAAUGGAAGAUCUGGGAGAGGGACAGUCGCCCAAGUCCGAGCCUGAUAGAGAAAGGGAUCCGUGCCCAUGAGGAGUUGCUUUCUCUUUAUCCUGAUUCCUCAUUUAUGAACAGAAUAGACCUUGCGAAUAUUUACGCAAUGUCAGAGAACACCAAGGCCAAAUCUGAGAAGAUCUUCCAACAGCUGCUCGUAGAGGAUCUGGAACCUGCUGAACAACAAGUCUUCUUCAACAUCUACGCAAAACAUCUGUACUUCAUUCAACGGCAGCCUAACAUGUCAAUCCAGUAUCACAUGAAGGCGGCGGAGAUUCCAAUCAAGUCCUUCUUUCAGGGGAACAGCAUCAUGCUUCUGGAGAAGAUCAGACACAGAGAGGGCAACCAAGAAGUAGACAGGUUUCUGUCCAGGCUGAAAGAAUCUCAGAAAUAAAUCCACCAGAUAUCAUCCACACACAAUCUGAAUCUAUUUGCAUUCAUCUAAUUCAGGGAAAAGUAAAUCCAGGUAGAUUUAUAGAUUCAGCUGUUGUGAACACCGUUGAUCACAUUUGAAUUCAGCUUGUAUUCGUACGGAGCCAGAUCACAACACAGUGACUGACAGGGAAAAGUCGUUGAGUUUAUUUUUCAACGUGAGGAAAUGUUUGAGUUUAACGACAUCUAGCUUGAGAAUGUUCUGAUGGUAGAGAUAAUAUAUACUUAUUGAAACUUCUUCAAUAUAAUUUCUAAUUCUGUAGAAUACCUGUUCAAUAGUGGUUGUAAUAUUGAUGUUAAUAAUAGUGAUGCAUAUAUAACAGCAGGUUUUAGUUAUGAAAGGUUCAUACAUUAUUAUUAGAGGAAGACAACAUUGAAACAUAUUCUUAAAAUCCAUAUUCAGUGGAAACUGGCUGCAGUCAUGUGUUGCUGAUGUGGAGGAAAUGUUUGCUCGCUCCUUUAAGAAACAGCUUGUUUGUAAGGUUUAUUAAACAGAACAGACUGUAUUGAAUUUACUAAUGUUUUGAGUGAUGGAAAUUGAACUCUGUAAAGUGUAUUUCUUAAAUUAAAUGUUAUUUGUUAAUUUGUAGUAUAACCUGGAUAUAUUAACAGGUUUGCAUGCACAGAGUAUUUCAGCUGUACUAAUGCUAUUAAACAUUUUAAUCUUU